AUGUUCAUCAUUCAUCCAUUCAUCUAUCUAUCUAUUCAUCUAUCCAUCCAUCUAUCUAUAUCAUAUCAGUCCAUCUAUCUAUCUAUCUAUAUAUCUAUCCAUCUAUCUAUAUAUCUAUCUAUCUAUAUAUAUAUCUAUUUAUAUCUAUUAUAUAUCUAUUUAUCUAUAUAUCUAUCUAUCUAUCUAUCUAUCUAUUUAUAUAUUCAUCUAUAUUAUUAUCUGAUAUAUAUAUAUAUAUUUCAUAUAUAUAUUUAUCUAUUCAUCUAUCUAUCUAUUAUAUUCAUCUAUCUAUCUAUUUCAUCUAUCUAUCUAUUCUAUUAUCUAUUCAUCUAUCAUAUAUAUUAUCUAUCUAUCUAUCUAUCCAUAUCUAUCUAUUCAUCUAUCUAUAUAUCUAAUCAUUCAUUUAUCUAUUAUCAAUUAUUUGCGUAUAUUAUCUAUCUAUCAUAUCUAUCUAUUAUCUAUUAUCUAUCUAUAUCUAUCUAUCUAAAUAUUAAUUCAUAUAUAUAUAUAUAUAAAUAUCAUCUAUUCAUUCAUUAUAUAUCUAUAUAUCUAUCUAUUCAUCUAAACAUCUCAAAUCAUCUAUCUAUCUAUCUAUCUAUCAUAUCAUCAUUCAUUCAUAUCAUUCAUUCAUUCAUCUAUCUAUCUAUCUAUCUAUCUAUCCAUCUAUCCAUCUAUCUAUAUUCAUUCAUCUAUCUAUCUAUCUAUCUAUCUAUAUUCAUCUAUUUACAAAUCUAUAUUUAUAAUCUAUUCAUCUAUCUAUAUUCAUCUAUCUAUCUAUCUAUCUAUAUAUAUAUAUAUAUAUUCAUCUAUCUAUCUAUAUUCAUAUAUAUAUAUAUAUAUAUAUAUAUAUUAUCUAUAUCAUUCAUCUAUCUAUCAUCAUAUCUAUUCAUCUAUCAUAUCUAUUCUAUCUCAUCCAUCUAUCUAAAUUAUCAUCUUUAUAUAAAUAAAUAA